CUCAGAUGCCUUGGCCUCGGCGCUCGCACAAAACGCGGGAAGCGGAUGACGCGCGAAAUUCCAUUUUGUAAACGCGAAACGUGAAACAAAAUUCAAUUAAAUACAUACCGAAUAUGUAAUGAAUAAAACUUGCCCUAAAUAAUAAAUAAAUAAACAUUUUAAGUGAUAAUUUAUAAUAGGACUUUGUGAUUUAUCAAAAAUGAAUUUGUCAGGUGAAGCAAGCAGUGGGCCGCGUGUUUUAACCGCUCGUCACAUAAGUGCGGAUAUAUCCCUUCCCGAAACGAACAAUGAAAUUAAUACCACCCUUCUGUGCCACAGUUAUGAUCAAAACCCCGAUUUUGAAACCUAUUUUGCAGCUCUCCAGACAUACGCUUGGGUUAUAUUUGCCUGCGGUCUUGCGGUGUUGCUCGUCAUAUGUGCUUUGUACGUGAUCACCUUGCGGUCAGCGGUUAAGCACUGGCGAGACCAAAUGCACCAUGUAGCCGUCGUCUUAAGUAUUUAUCCCAUCGUGGCAGCGAGCGCUCUCGUAAUGAUAGUUGUGCCCAGAUCUCGACUGCCAGCUGAAGCCGUAGCCCAAGAAUCUGUCAUGGUAGCUCUCUACCACUUCUUCUGCUUGGUCAUAGCAGAAUGCGGUGGCACAGAACAGUUGGUCAGAAGCGCUGGUGGCGCCGACCUAGAGACGAGGGUGAUGCCAUGCUGCUGUUGGCCGUGUUGCGUUAUACCAAGGCCGAAGUUGCAUAAAGCAAGUCUAAUGUGGUUGCGCUGUUUGGUCCUUCAGAUACCAAUUGUUCAAGGAAUUAUUUAUUUCAUUCUAAUCGUCAUCUGGUCGGAAGAUUUUAUGUUAUAUCAAAGUAUUUUCGUAUACUUCCAACCAUUCGUCGCGGCGUCCAUUCUAUCGGGCAUGUGGGGCGUAGUGAUGUGCGUACGGGCAGCGAUAUCCGUGGGGCGGGCACCACGCCCCAGGUUCCUGGUCGUACAGCUCGUACUGAUCAUCGUGAAGUUGCAAUGUGGACUCGCCAAGUCGGUGCCCAACAUGGCGAACUUGUCCUGCGUUAUGAACCUACAUCCCGCCGUAUUUGCAUCUCUUAUAAACAACAGUAUAAUGAUGUUAGAGAUGCUACUAAUAUCGAUAUGGGCGUGGCGCGUCUAUAGCUCCCCACCGGGUAAGGAUAUGGAGAAAGUGCAGAGAGACAGAGUAGUCGUUGCAGUGUUAGAAGACAAUAUGCGAUCAAUUGAAGUUAAGAGCAUUAAAGACGGCAUCGAUAACAAAUCCUUUAACAACAAUGUACCAGAAAACUGAACGUGUCUUUCAAUGUAUUGUGAAACUAGUGAUGCAUCGAUAUUAUAAAGUAAUAAGUACACAAUGUUGUAUUUCCAAAAUGAAAAUUACGAAUAUGGCACCUUUUGUCAGUAGCUUUAGAUGUUCCCAUUGUCUUUGAAAAACACCUUUCAAUUUUUUAAUUAGUGCUUAGUUGUAGAUAUGCAAAUUUUUCGAAUUUUUGUGAUGUCUGUUUAGACAAUGUUUAGGAGAAUGGCUAACCAUGAAUGUGUUGGUGUUUGUAUUAUGUCUGUAUGACCAUCAUCCAG